CAAUCACAGGUCAUCUCACCCUUCCAAUCCAUCCUCGAUUACGAGCUGUCACUUGGCAUCCCCCCAGGAUGGGUCAACUACUCCCUCUCCAAGACUGCUCCUACCGGAUUCUGGCACCGCCUAGAAAGAGGUGACAUCCCAAUGGACGCCUCCUUCUUCGACGGGUUCAACCAAGAUCUUCACGACCCGGCCCGGUGGAAGGCAUUCUACCAAGCCCAGCAAGCCAAGAACCCUGCUUUGCCAAAAGAGAUUCCUCCCCUUCCCAAGCUUGAUGGGCAAUGGUUGUUCAACGACAUGAUGAAAUCUGCUAGGGCACCGGACCCGUGGAUGUUCCCAGCCCUGAAGGCUCUUAAAGCCAGCGGCAAGUUCAUCAUUGCUGCUCUCAGCAACACUGUCAUCUUCCCACCAGGCCACGACUUGUAUCAGGAGAACUUCAUGGACGACCCCCUCCGCAGUCAGUUCGAUGUUUUUGUGUCGUCAGCUCAUGUUGGACUUCGCAAGCCCGACCCGAAGAUUUAUCAGUAUGCGUUGGAAAAGGUGAAUGAGUUUGCGAAGGCGAACGCGGGCACGGCAAGAGGUCAGGCGGGAGGGUGGUCGUCAGGAGUAAAGACAAAUGAAAUCACGUUUCUGGAUGACAUUGGAGAGAACUUGAAAGCUGCAAAGCAGGCUGGAUUUCAGACCAUCAAGGUGCCAUUAGGCAGAGCAUAUGAGGCAGUUGAGGAGUUGGAGAAGGUGACUGGGCUGUCGUUGGAUGGUGGCCACCCCAAAAUUCCCAUCAAGCCAAACUUCAAGGGCAGCAAGGCGAGGCUCUAG